CAUUCCCAUGGCUAAAGUCUGAUUCCCUUCCCCAGUUCCCCCUGUUCUUUCUCCAAAACAAACAGAAGAGAGAGAGAAAGAGAGAAAUCAAAAAGUUAAAGAGUUAUGAAAGACUAAAAAAGAGUGCCCACAUCUUGCAGCUGGCACCAGCCCAUUUCCCUCCCAACCCCACUCUCCAUCCAUCACAAUUCACACACACACACAGAGACACACCCUAUUUAUAUACCCCCCUCUCCGCUCUCUCUCUCUCACUCACCGCCACCACCACCACAGCUGAAAAUGUCGCCGCCGCCGCAUUUUGUCUUUGUUUCAGUUUUCUUGUUCAUUUUCUUCCUCCACCACUCCGCCACCACCACCAUUGCCUCUUCUUCUUCUUCACAGACGCUAAACACGCACACGGAGUCCUUUAUCAACCCAAAACUCCCACCCAGAACGCUCUCGUCCUCGAAGAAGUUCGAGGGGUCUUCCAAUCUAGUCCACCUCCGGUACCAUAUGGGUCCGGUGCUGUCCUCCUCCCCGGUCAAUAUCUACCUCGUCUGGUACGGCCUCUGGAACAAACCCCAGAAGCAACUAAUCAAAAACUUCCUCCUCUCACUCUCUCCCUCCACGCCCCCCACCCCAUCACCCUCCGUCUCCGACUGGUGGCGUACAAUCUCCCUCUACAACGACCAGACCGGAGCCAAUGUCUCCCGGAAAGUCCUCAUCGCCGGGGAGUACUCCGACCUCAAACACUCCCACGGAACCCAGCUGACCCGCCUUGACAUCCAACAAGUCAUCGCCACCGCCGUCAAGUCGGCGCCCUUCCCCGUCGACCACCGCAACGGGAUCUACCUCGUGCUGACCUCCCAGGACGUGGUAGUCCAGGACUUCUGCCGAGCCGUCUGCGGCUUCCACUACUUCACCUUCCCGUCCAUGGUUGGCUACACGAUCCCCUACGCCUGGAUCGGCAACUCCGCCAAGCAAUGCCCGGAGGUCUGCGCCUACCCGUUCGCUAUACCCGGCUACAUGGCCGGCGGUGGCCCCGGGGCUCUUCUGCCGCCUAACAGGGACAUCGGAGUGGACGGUAUGAUCAGCGUGAUCGCGCACGAGCUGGCGGAGAUGGCGACGAACCCGCUGGUGAACGCGUGGUAUGCCGGGGAGGACCCAACUGCUCCGACGGAGAUUGGGGACUUGUGCGAGGGGUUGUACGGGACGGGCGGCGGAGGUGGGUAUAUUGGGCAGGUGAUGAGGGAUAGGGGUGGCAGGACUUAUAAUCUGAAUGGGAAGUGGGGAACAAGGUUCCUUGUGCAGUGGAUCUGGAGCCCUGUCUUGCAGGCUUGUGCUGGUCCUAAUGCUUUGGACUAAGCUCGUUGGGCCUUUCUUUUUCUUUUUCUUUUUUUUUGGAAGGAUUUAUUUAUACAGGGUUGGAAGCUGAUGAGCUAUGCUUUAGCUUAUCUUUAGCUUAUCUUUUUUCUUUUUCUUCUUCAUAUUUUGAUGGGUAAUUUAGAUGUACAACCAUAGAAGGAUGAUGGCAUCGUUGGUGGCGGCAGCGGCGGCGGUUUUACAGAUUAUAUGGUGGUGGUGGUGGGAGAGGUUUUAGAUCUCAGAUUAAUUAUAAAGUAAUAGUAUUAUAUAUGUGUCUUUAUUGAUGUUUUCAUUUGAGAAAAUUCAACUGAAUUCAUGUUGAUGAA